GCAAAAGAUGUGAUAAUACCAGCAAAGCCACCUGUCAACUUUUUCUCCUCGAGGUCUCCAGUCCUUGACUUCUUCCAGGGGCAGCUGGACUACGCAGAGCGUGUGCGCCGGGACUCGGAGGUGGUGCUGCUGUUCUUCUACGCCCCGUGGUGUGGACAGUCCAUCGCCGCCAGGGCAGAAAUCGAGCAGGCGGCGAGUCAGCUCUCUGACCAGGUGUUGUUUGUGGCUGUGAACUGUUGGUGGAACCAGGGCAAAUGCAGGAAACAGAAACACUUCUUCUAUUUUCCUGUUAUCUAUCUGUAUCAUCGGAGUUUUGGACCAAUCGAAUACAAAGGCCCCAUGAGUGCUGUUUACAUUGAGAAGUUUGUCCGCCGAGUGAUGACACCGCUUCUCUACAUCCCAUCUCAAUCAGAAUUGCUAGAUUUUCUCUCAGACUACGAGCCCGGAGUCCUCGGGUACUUCGAGUUCAGCGGCUCCCCACAGCCCCCCGGCUACCUGACUUUCUUCACCUCUGCGUUGCACUCACUCAAGAAAGAUUACCUAGGAACAGUACGAUUUGGGGUUAUCACAAAUAAACAUCUUGCGAAACUGGUAUCCUUAGCACACUCUGGAAGUGUGUAUUUACAUAGACAUUUCAACACAUCGCUUGUCUUCCCCAGGGAGGUCAUCAACUACACAGCAGAGAACAUUUACGAGUGGGCCUUAGAGAACCAAGAGACGCUCCUCCGAUGGCUGCGGCCACAUGGCGGCAAGAGUCUCCUGCUGAACAAUGAGCUGAAGAAGGGACCAGCACUUUUUUUAUUUAUACCUUUUAAUCCCUUAGCCGAAAAUCAUCCUUUAAUUGAUGAGAUCACCCAAGUGGCCUUGGAGUACAACAACUGUCACAGGGACCAGGUGGUGGAGCGGCUCCUGCAGCACCUCCGGCGCGUGGACGCCCCGCUCUCCGGCUCUCUGGCCCCCGAGCCCCCGGCCCAGCGGCCCGAGCCGCCGCUGAUCACGGCAUCGCCCUGCUGCAACACAGUGGUGCUGCCCCGGUGGCACGCCAUCUCCAGGACCCACAACGUCUGCGAGCUGUGCGUCAACCAGACGGCCGGGGGCCUCCGGCCCAGCUCGGUCAGCGUGCCCCAGUGCAGCUUCUUCCAGAUGGCGGCGGCUCUGGAUUCUUUCUACCUCAAGGAGCAGACCUUCCACCACGUGGCGUCAGAUAGCAUGGAAUGCCGCAACUUCCUGAGCUCCUACAGCCCCUUCAGCUACUACACUGCAUGUUGCAGGACCAUAAGCAGGGGCGUGGCGAGCCUCCUGGAUUCUGGACCUGGGGUCUUCGGAGCCCCAACCAUCGCGUUGUCUUCCCUGGAGAAGAAGUGCGAGGUUGACACGCCAAGCUCCCUUCCUCACAUUGAGGAGACCAGGUAUCUCUUCCCCGACGUGGACGUGAACAGCACAAACUUCACUGGCCUGAGCUGCAGAACCAACAAGACCCUGAACAUCUACCUUUUGGAUUCCAAUUUAUUUUGGUUGUAUGCAGAGAGGCUGGGUGCCCCGAGCGCCACGCGGGUGAAAGAAUUUGCAGCAAUUGUUGAUGUGAAAGAAGAGUCUCACUAUAUCUUGGAUCCCAAACAAGCUCUCAUGAAGUUCACCCUAGAGUCUUUUAUUCAAAACUUCAGCGUCCUCUACAGUCCCUUGAAAAGACACCUCAUUGGAAGUGACUCUGCCCAGUUCCCUUCUCCACAUUUAAUCACUGAAGUGACAACUGAUACCUUUUGGGAAGUAGUCCUUCAAAAGCAGGACGUCUUGCUGCUCUAUUACGCCCCGUGGUGCGGCUUCUGUCCAUCCCUCAAUCACGUCUUCAUCCAGCUAGCGCGUCUCCUGCCCACGGACACCUUCACUGUGGCCAGGAUCGACGUGUCUCAGAAUGAUCUUCCCUGGGAAUUUAUGGUUGACCGUCUUCCUACCGUCUUAUUUUUCCCCUGCAACAGAAAGGACCUCAGUGUGAAAUACCCCGAAGACCUCCCCAUCACCCUUCCAAACCUGCUGAGGUUCAUUUUGCAUCACUCAAACCCUGCUUCUGCCCCCCACAACUUGGCUAACCCUCCUACCAAAGAGUGUCUUCAGAGCGAGGCCGUGCUCCAGCAGGGGCACAUCUCCCACCUGGAGAGAGAGAUCCAGAAGCUGAGGGCGGAGAUCAGCGCCCUGCAGCGGGCACAGGUGCAGGUGGAGGCCCGGCUGUCCAGCGCGCGCAGGGACGAGCACCGGCUGCUGCGGCAGAAGCAGACCCUGGAGCAGCAGCACGGCCUGCUCCGGCUGCACAGCGAGCAGCUGCAGGCCCUGUACGAGCAGAAGACGCGCGAGCUGGAGGAGGUGGCCCGCAAGCUCCAGGAGCUGGCCGACGCCUCGGAGAGCCUCCUCACCGAGAACGCCUGGCUCAAGAUCCUGGUGGCCACCAUGGAGCGGAGACUGGAGGGCCGGGGCGCAGCCCAGCACCGGGCCCCCCGGAGCGAGGCGCACUCGGACCGCCCCGAGCCCGCGGGCGCGCCCAGGCUGCCUGGCAGCUCCGCCCCAGCUCCCAACGCCAGCGCUGCGCUGGCGCCCGAAAGGAGCCACGAGAACAGGACAGGCGAACUCUUGAAAUGACGCGAAGAAGCCAGAGCGAACACUGUACAUUGGGAAUAUAUUUAUGCAAAUUUUAUUGAAAUUUAUUGUAAAUAAAGAUUUUCUCAGUGGUCUAGAAAAUCA